CGCGGCGUUCGCCUGCGGCGAGCGGGCGGCGGUGGCGGGGCAGCCGCGGGCCCUGCCCGCCGCGGGCGCCCCGUCAGCGGAAGGAGGAAGCGCCAUGGCCGGCGCCGGCGCCUGGGCCGGCUUCUCGCAGGAGGAGCUGCGGCGCCUGCGGGGCCCGCGCCCAGAGUUGUCUGAAUUCUCGGAGCAGCAGCGUCGCCCCCACACCGUGAAUAAGAGCCGGCAGCAGCUGCAACGAGAAAAAGCCCUCCAGGAGCACUGUCAGAAGCUGGGAGUGCAGGAUGGAGCAGCCUCUGUACUUCCUGAGCAGUUACUUUCUGUACCAGAACACAAGCCUUGUCAUCCUCAGCAGUCUGUGGCACCACCUCACCCUCCUUCAAAGGGAGACCAAAGGCAACGUGACAGCCAAGAUCUGCAGAAGGAACCGAGGCUGGGAGAUCCAUGUAAUGGCAAUGAAAAUGCCCAGAACUUCCCUGCAAAGUCAAACUUGAAAGUGGAGAAAAAGAAAGUGGAAUUGCAGGAAAAAUCACGAUGGGAAAUCCUCCAGCAGGAGCAGCGGCUGAUGGAAGAGAAGAAUAAACGCAAGAAGGCACUCCUGGCCAAAGCUAUUGCUGAGAGAUCCAAAAGAACUCAAGCUGAAACAGUGAAACUAAAGAGGAUUCAGAAGGAGUUACAAGCUCUGGAUGACAUGGUAUCUGCUGACAUCGGAAUCCUGCGGAACCGAAUCGAUCAGGCCAGCUUAGACUACUCCUAUGCCCGGAAACGGUAUGAUAAGGCUGAGUCGGAAUACGUGGCAGCUAAGCUGGACCUCCAACACAAGACGGAGAUUAAGGAGCACCUCACAGAGCACCUGUGCACGAUCAUACAGCAGAAUGAACUCCGCAAGGCUAGGAAGCUGGAGGAGUUAAUGCAGCAGCUGGAAGUGGAGGCAGAUGAGGAAAGUCUGGAACUUGAGAUAGAGGUGGAACGGAUGCUGCAGCAGCAGGAGGCAGAAGCAGGAAGACAAUCUAGCCAGUCACAAAAUCUUGCCGGGACGGCUAAGGAAACCCCCAGUCCCAGUGCUACGGCAAGAGGGAGUGAGAGUGCUGACCGUGCUGCCGCUUCUCCUGCUAUUUCCGAACAGUUGGUGCAGUCUGAAAACUCCCAUACCAAGUCCCUCUCCAAUAUGGACAGCCAAACUCAAGCAGUAAUGGUGACUCCAGGCAACCGCCCAGCUUGUUCUGAUACAUGACUAAAAUACUCAGAUGUUCAGCCUGUUACGGGAGAUAUACUUGCUAUGGGCUUGCAUUCUGUAUGUUAUCUCUGGGCUUCUGCAGUGCCAGUAAUGUGCACUUCAUUUCUGUCUGUCUUUAAUUUUGCUUUCAGAAAAAUUUCUUUUUAACAGGACUCUCAUUUGGGGUUCACCAUUUGUCCUUAUCGUUCUGGUUUUAGGUUCACAUUCUAAUGCCAAACUCUUCAUGGUGCUUUGUACCUUGUUGAAAGGGGAUACCCAGAAGCAAGCAGCACAUUUUUUCUGAAGGCUUUAUGCAUACAGAUAUCACAGAUACCUGUUCCAAGCAGUGUGCAAGAGGGGCUGGUACCUAUCUACAGGGGGAAAAGUGCAGCCAGUUCUGGUUUUAGGCACAUUCUGCCCCCUGCCAGCUACGAUAGGAUGUUUAUCUUCCUUUGUAUCCAUAAGGGAUUAGUUUUCAGUGUUUUUUAAUUCUGUGAAAUCGAAGUAGGGACUUAUAAUUAUGUUUGUAGGUGAUGUUCUUUUCUGUACCUGAUUUAUAACAAAUUCACAUAUAGAGAAAAAUUGCAAAGGCAAUUGAAAUAUUUCCUGUUUAUCACUUUGCCUAUUUUUUUCAGAUAAUGCUAGAUCCCACAAAGCUGUAUAUUGAUAACAUUAUUGUCUAUGAAAUCACAACAGCUGUGAUUAAACAGAAAUGAUGGGUAACACGGUUUAAGACAUAGCAGAAUGUGACAUAGAAGUAGAAAAAUACAAUAGAGUAUGUUACAGUUGUUCCAUUAUAAAUAUUUUUCUCUAACUGUCAUAGUUGCCUCAAAUUUCCAGUAAUCAGCCAAGGAUCUUGUAAUGAAUCAUCUGCACAGUAUACUGGAAUUGAGAAUGUCCACUGCAUUUUCUUGCCUGAAGAGUGGGUUCAUACUACAAAGAAGUUCAACUGGUUUGCUCUGUUGCUGCUGAAAAGCUUUAAAAAGCCAUUCCAGGUGGAGAAAGUCUCAGGAAUUAAGCUAGAAGACAUAGGAAGACCUCCCAUAGACUGACACAGCUGCAAACCUCUGGGACAGUUUUCAUGGCUGUGCACUUUGUAAUGGAGGAAGACUUCUUUCAUUGUGGAAAUGGUUUCUGUGAUACCUGACCUUAACCUGUCAGUCACAGUUUGUGAAUAGGUCACUGAAUGAUGCCAUCAUGUAUAUAGAUGGGGCACUGAGUGUCUCAAUGGCUUUAAUAAUGAAAAACCAUGUCACUACAUUUCAUUUUUAUUUUAUCAAUAAAUCAGUGCAUCUUC